UAGAGCCACGGCCAAAAAAUCGCGUGCCAAAAAAUAGUAUGGCGUUACGCAUCUUGUUAUUCUAGUGUCUUUGAAUCAAGUGUGUUUGAACUGACGGAAGAUCGAUACUAGCAAUUGAUAAAUGGUCAUGUUAAGACAAGUUGUAAGCUGAUGUAUUAUUGAUCGAUGAAACUGGCAAUCUCGAGGCGAAAAUAGAGGGUUCCUAUUUAUUGUCAAUGUGUGAGGAUGAAUAGAUGAAUUAUGUAUGAACGGUAUUCUGCUUAAAUGAGAGCGAUAGAGCUGUUGCUGAACGUGGUCACUUGCGCUGUAUGGUUAGAGUGAGAAAGUGACAUAAUGAAAAGGAUAUGCCAAAAUGAAGAAGAGAAAAGGCAGCCUGCAGGAAACAGCACAUUUAUCGUUGAGAAACCAAAGCAGACACAAGUGUACUAGUUGAAUGCGCACAGCUGUAUAAUCUAUAAGUGACUCCGAUAUGGACGGACGACGAGGCUCCUGAUAUUAACAACCCGACCCAAUAAAAAAAAAAAAAAAUUAAGAAAAAUAAGACAAAACAACAAAAAGAAAACAACAUGUUCACUAAAAAUACAACAUGUUCUCUAAAGUACACUCUAUUGAAUACUAAUUUAAUUCAUGCAUUACAUAUAAAGUCGAAAACAUAAAAAAAACCUCAUAGGUGGAAGGAAGAACAGCAGGACUACAUGAAUGACAUACAAAUAUUACUACAUCGGUAAACGAGGCAAAGAGGAAACUUCGUAACGGACACACACAUACAGGUUUUCUUUUAAUUUGGAAAUAAUACACAUUCAAGAAUAGUUACUUAUACAUAGUAUCACAAAAUAUAUUACACUAUAGCAUUAAUACGUUUAUAUACAAACGAAAACAAAACAAACCGAACAGCAAAAAUUUUCCCGAUACAAAAAAGAAAAAAAAAAAAAAAUUCCCAAUACACGUAAAUGUUAAGAAAAAAAGCCAACACUUACAAUAUUUAACACAGUGGGGGCGGAUUAGGGCUAAGAAGCGGAUCUAGUCUAUCUGAGAUAAGGGAAGCGACAGGAACAAAAGAGAGAGACAAGUCGGUACAAUCCCAAAACAAUCCCACCAACGCUAUGGAUUCCGGUAACGCCCCAGGGCCACUAAGUCCCACAGUACUUUCUUGGAACUAUCCGUGACCAAAUUAAAGGCAGGGCAGACGAAGCUCUGAAUGUCUGCGAUGUACUCCUUAGUUGGGAUGACAUCAAAGCAAAUCUCAACCGAAUACAGUCUAGCAGGAAAUAGGAUCGAAUUAAUGUCACUCGCCAGAGAAGCAGACCCUAGUAGACACUCCCUCGCGGCCAAACGUGACCAAUACGACAGAUUCUGCUUAAAUACAUUCCUAGCUGGAUUAAAGGACCCUCUUAUGUCAGCCAUUAAGAAUCAAAGGACAAAGAUAAUUGAGAAAGCAUACGAGUUUGGACAGAUUGAAUUAAACUUCUCUAAAAGCCUGAACAAACUCCACGAAAUAUGGAAUCUGGAAUCUCCCAUACGCGAAAGGACAACAAACCAAUAGUGACUACAACAGUCGCUACAUACCACGACAACAGAACUAUAAUAAUGGCAACAACGCUCGUCAUGUACCACGAUAUAAUAACACCAACAAUAAAAUAGCUGCUUUAUACAGAGACAACAAAAUUUUAAAAACAAUAUUAAUAGACGCUUUACACGUCAACAUAAUUCCCAUAACGAUAGUAAUGGUCGACAAUUGGAAUCAGAUGCGUUUGCCGAAAUCCGUAUGAUCUGCAAAAAGGCGUAUUAUAUCGCAAGGUCCAAAGACUAGGUAGAACGAGUUAAUUACCAGUUUUACCCAGAGCUUUCAAAAGGUCAGUAAAUAACCAGGUAACCGUUGGAGAUGUUAAUUGAUAAAAUGGCUCGACCCCUUGAUUUGGUUUCUCCAUGUGAGACCGAAUGUGAAAUAGAUUUGGCAACUGUUAGAGCUCAUGCGACGGAAAAUAUGAAUUCCUUAGCGUCUUACGACAAAUCCAGAUUUGAUAGCAGUAGGGCAGCCGUUGACAAACACCACGUAGAUGACUAUGUGCUAUCGAAAAAUGAAGGAAGACAUCAAAACAAGUUAGAUCCGAAAUUCAGAGGACCCAUUUAGGUAACUGAAGCAUUAGAGUGUGACAGGUAUACGCUAAAGCCGUUGACGAGUAACCGAUCGUUCAAGUAUUGCAAUGAAGAUAUACGGAAAAUGCCGGAUGCAGAAAUGCUUAUUGAGUUUAUCAAGAGAAACAAAAACGGGGACGUGUAAAUUUCAGAAUGGCAGUGUCAAGGCGAAAAUAAUGGGUAUGAGUUUAGUCGCUAUAUACUUCUUCUCCAUGUUCCUUUUGCUUUUAUGCGUGUUCCUAUUUAUUGUCAACGUGUGAGGAUGAAUAGAUGAAUUAUCUAUGAACGGGAUUCUGCUAAAAUGAGAGCGAUAGAGCUGUUGCUGAACGUGACCACUUGCGCUGCUUGGUUACAGUGAGAAAGGAAUGAGAAGGAAAUGCCAAAAUGAAGAAGAGAAAAAGCAGCCUGCAGGAAACUGCACAUUAAUCGUUAAGAAGCCAAAGCAGACGCAAGUGGACUCUUUGAAUGCGCACAGCUGUACAAAUUACAUAGUUUAGAUCAAUAUAAGUGACGCCGAUAUGGACAUACGACGAGGAUCCUGAUAUUAACAACGCGAUAUAUAUAAGUUAGCACAAAAAGAAUUCGCAACAACAAUCUGCGAAGGCUUACACGCGCAUCCGGCCGUGCACCUGCAGUAGCCAAUAAAUGCAAGAUCAGCGUCUGGAGCGCUUCCGUGGGAGCGACGAUGGCAGAGACAAACGUUUACUUUAACUGGCGCCCAACGUUAAAAGGGUCCUGCCCUGUUUACGAUACGCGAAAACGCAAACCCGUAAGAGCACCCCAUAGGCUGCCCCGGUUCGCGAACGAUAAAAACAACAAAAACAAACAAAUACAACGAAUCUGAAAAAGCACCCAAUUGGCUGCCAAGAUCACCGUGGGACGGAUCCUGCACAAAAAGGACUCACUUACAUCGGCCUGAAGGCUAUCGCCGCAGACGACUGGACGGAAGUGUUACGAAGGUACCCCAGUAGCCCCCAGGAGCAAAAAGGAAGAUUACCAAAUAACCGGUUCAGGAUGUAUUUUAUACUUCGCCCUGCCACCUGCAUUAGAAUCAACAACCAACACAUCCCCACAAUUGAUGAAAUCGCACCCGGAGUUAUCUUACUCAACAAAUUCAGCGGCAAGAUCUCAGUCAACGGAACAACGUCAACACUUAAUGGGUCAUUUGUCAUUAGCUUCAGCAAUACCACCAUAGAAAUUGAUGAACAAGCCUUUACGAACAAGUACACCGUACACCAUCAACCCAUGCCGGCAAUCCUCCAAACCGAGAUGACAAUUAAAAACCUAGAAGAGAAACUAUCACUAGAAUUCGUCAAGGAGCUUAACAUCAAUAAUACUAAAACCUUGGAGCUGUUAAAAACAACCUCCCACACAGCCGAUAUACUGAUGGGCUGCGUCCUAAUCACAGGAAUCGUCAUAAUAACGAUCCGCAUCUAGAUUAAGUUUACAAAGGUUACAAAAUUCCAUACCAACCAAACCACCGAUGACAAACCGACUAACGACCGCAAUGAGUGGGGACACUCGAUUUUAAAGGCGGAGGAAUUAGCACCAAAAGAAUUCGCAACAACAAUCUGCGAAGGCUUACACGCGAAUUCGGCCGCCCACCUGCAGUAGCCAAUAAAUGCAAGAUCAUCGUAUGGAGCGCUUCCGUGGGAGCGACAAUGGCAGAGCCAGCAACGGAGUUGGCACUGACGCUAGCAGAAGCAGCGACGGUGCUGGGGGGUAUAAAUACCACCCAAUUUUGUACUUUAAAUUUAGUUCCGAUUUUUGUCAAAAUAAAGACAGACCACCGG